GAAUUUAACUAAAAGUCUUUAAAUUCAAUGCCAACCUUACACAAGGUUUCAGUAGUUUUUUUUGGUGUGUUAACUAGUCGGUGGUCGGGACUGUGUGUUUUUUGUGCUUCAUUUUCAGAACCAAUUACCUAUCAAUGUCUGUAUCAUUGCUUCUACUGGGAUCCAUAGCUGUGGGUUACAUCAUUUGGUAUGUCGCCACUAAAUGGAGAGUGUGGCGCGUGGCGAGCAAAGCUCCAAUGAUAUCGGGUUACGUGCCCAUUGUUGGACACGCUCACAAGUUCCUUGGGAACGGUGUUCAUGUAUUCAAUGUAUUGAAAGAUGUUAGCAAAGAAACGAACGAGCGUGGAGGCGUUGCUACUAUGUGGUUUGGACCGUAUUUAGUUUACGUGGUAACAGAUCCCGAGACAGUCCAUAAAAUUGCGAAUGAAUGUUUGAAGAAACAUUUCUUGUAUUCAUUCGGCGAAGCCUUCGUCGGUCAAGGCCUCUUCACAGCCAGAUCUGUGCCUAUUUGGAAACGGAAUCGCAAACUGUUGGUGCCGGCGUUCAACCAACACAUUCUAGAUGGGUUCUUGGAGAUAUUCAACGAACAGUCCCGAGUGCUGGUGUCCAAGCUGGCGUCAAAAGUGGACAAGGGGAAGUUUGACCAUUUCCCGGCUUUGUCUAAAAACGCCUUGGAAAUUAUUUGCCGUACAGCUCUAGGGGUUCCCAAGCUUGGGGAGAACCUGGUGACUAAGGAGUACAGCGAGGCGGCCUCCAAUAUGUUCAGCAUCCCCCGGCAGCGGUUCGUCAAAUUCUGGUACCACAACGACUUCCUGUACAAGAGAUCCAGCCUGAAGAGACAAGAGGAACAGGUCGCCAAAAUAGUGCAUGAUAUGUCCAACGAGGUAAUGCAAACCACAAAGCUUACUCAAAAAGAUAACGAUACCAAUACUGAUAACUACGGUAGUGGCCGUCGCUUCAAAGUAUUCCUAGACUUGAUGUUGGAACUCCGAGACAAAGGGGAGUUGACGGACCAGCAGAUCAGGGAAGAACUGGACACCAUGAUAGCAGCCGGGUACGACACGUCUUCCACCACUCUGAUGUAUACCCUGCUCCUACUUGGCAGCCACCCCGAAGUCCAGGAUAAAGUGUAUCGAGAACUCACGGAAGUUUUCGGCAACUCAGACAGAGACGUGACUAAGGCAGACAUGCCCAAACUAGUUUACACUGAAGCUGUGCUCAAGGAGAGUUUGAGAGUUAUACCGAUAGUGCAAGUUCUUAUUCGAUAUGCCCAGAAAGAUGUGAAAUUGAAAAACGUGACCAUACCGAAGGACUCCACAAUACUCCUGUCAGUCGCGGGUAUGCACUCCCACGAGUGUUGGGGCCCUGACGUGGAGGUGUUCAGGCCUGAGCGGUGGAUCAGUGGAGGCGCUCUCAUACCGACCCCCGCUGCCUUCAGCGCCUUCAGUGUUGGCAGAAGAAACUGUAUAGGUAAAACGUAUGCGACGAUGUCUAUAAAGACAUCUCUGGCGCACCUACUCCGACACUACCGGGUCACAGCUGACAUGGACAGUUUUGUUCUGAAGCAGGACUUCAUUAUAAAGCCGGAGUCGGGCUGGCAGAUCGCCCUGCAACGAAGAAACUAAUAAAACAACAUUGCUCAAGUGCCUGUUAAUUAAUAUGUUUCUAGAUUUUAUAAUUAAAUGCAAGAUAAUUUAUGGAUAUGUUAAUAAGUACCUACCUACAAGUGAGGUGAAAGUAACGGAGAUAAGAGCAUUACCCGUGAAUGGAAAAGGUUAAAAAAUAACAAAUGGGUACAAGGGUAGAGGCCCUACGUAAUUGUUUCGGUGGUGGUGAAAACGCGCCUAAAACAGUUUUACGUAAAACCUUUAAAAAUAUAUUUUUGUGAAAUUGAA